AUGGGCUGCCGGCGCUCUUUGUCCGCAAGGAGGAGCAGAAGCCGCAGCGCGCCACGGGGCGGGGGUGGCGGUGGCAGCCCUCGGCGGUCCAGCCGGCCACGCAGCCGGCGCAGAACCCCGCAGCGUAGCCCUCCGCGUCGAAGCCCCCUGCGACGCAGCAGCCGACCACGCAGCCCCCUGCGAAGGAGCAGCCGCCCGCGCAGCCCGCCACGCCGGCGCAACAGCCGGCCGCGUAGCCCCCCGCGGCGCAGCCCGCCGCGGCGCAGCCCGCUGCGGCGCAGCCCGCCUCGGCGGAGCCCGCCCCGGCACCGCAGCAGCAGCCGGCAAAGGAGCCAACGGCGCAGCCCGCGGGGCGGCAGAAGCCCCAGCCAUCGAGGCAGCCCGAAGCGAAGCGCUAGCCAAGCUGCAGAUGUGAAGGGUACACCGCCGCCACCCAGCGCUGGCACUGGCAACGAAGGCAGCGGCAGCGGCUUGCUGACGGCAGACGUUCUGGCGGAAGCUGCGAAGAGGGCAGCCUUUGCUCGCGCCAAUGCCAUCAAGACGCUGCAUGCUUCUAGAGACCGGGCUUGUGUUUUCUUCCUGCAGGGGCACUGCAAGCUGUAUGGCAAGUGCACGAACUUCCAUCCACAGGAUGAAGCAGAGAAACAGCGAUGGCUCGAUGAUUACUUUGCCACAAAGUGCAUGCUCGGUGAUCGCUGCACAACGGCCGCGUGCCUGUACAACCACCCGGGCCAGACCCGCGGCCAGCCCCCACCUGGGGGCACCAUCGAAGAUGCGGAGCAGCAGGAUGUGCAGUACAAGGUUGAAAAGGCGCAGCGGGACAAGCUGAAGAAUGCGCAGGACACUGCCAUGAACAAAAGCAAGACUGGCUCAGAGAACCGCGGGCAGCUGCAUGAGGCCGCUGUGAGCGCGGCUGCCAAGCUGGGGCUCAAUCGCCCACCACCGCCGCCCCCAGAGCCGCUGGCGCCGGGGCCGGUACCAGGCUCUGCAGCCCCGCCUUCCCCCACCAAGUCUUCGGCACCGCGGAAUAGCGACGACCCGAUGGAAGCGGAGAUCCAGCGCAUGAUGCAACUGCAGCAGCAGGAGUACCAGGCCAAGCAGAUUGUAAAGGAAUCGGCGACGGCGAAAGCAGGCCCGAUUGGUCCAGGCCCCUCGGACAAAUCCCAGGCAAGCCAAGGCUUCCGCGCCAUGAGCUUCUUUGGCCUCUCGAAGUCUUUGCGCUUGCAACUGGCGAAGCAUGGCGUGUUUCUGUGGCGAGAGCGAGAGAGAGAGGGAGCCCAACUGAGGAUCUGA